UGACCCCUUCUGUCUGUAUUGCAGGCCAUGGACGUAAUCUUAAACAUUCAGCAUUACUAUUUCUAAUAUAAACAGAUUGAAAACUGGUGAGAGAGAAAGGAGGGGCAAGAUCUGGAUCUGUUGCCAAAUCUGGUUGAGGCUUGUUGGCCGGUUAAUGCAUAGAGUAAAGAAGGUCAAACUUGAAGACGAAACCGAAGGUAGUUGGAAAAGUUUGGCAACUGUCAGAAUGACCGCAGUGGAUGAGAUCUCGGACAGCACAGAAGUCGUGGACAUGGAGGAUGCUCCCAAACAGUUCUUUGUGGAGAAGCACUCAUGGGAAGGCUUACGUGACAUCAUCCACAGCAGUCGGAAAUACUCGGGAAUGAUUGUCAACAAAGCGCCGCACGACUUCCAGUUUGUGCAGAAACGGGAUGAAUCUGGUCCCCACUCUCAUAGGCUCUACUACCUCGGAAUGCCCUACGGAAGCAGGGAAAACUCACUACUCUACUCUGAAAUUCCCAAGAAGAUUAGAAAAGAGGCUCUCUUGGUGCUGUCUUGGAAACAGAUGCUGGAUCACUUUCAGGCAACACCCCAUCAUGGUGUUUACUCACGGGAGGAAGAGCUCCUUCGAGAAAGGAAGAGACUGGGAGUCUUUGGGAUCACGUCGUAUGACUACCACGCCCAGAGCGGCCUCUUCCUCUUCCAGGCCAGCAACAGCCUCUUUUAUUGUCGGGAUGGUGGACACAAUGGCUUUAUUCAGGCAAGUCCAAUGAAGCCGGUGGAGAUUAAGACUCAGUGCUCAGGAACUCGCAUGGACCCCAAGAUCUCUCCAGGGGACCCAAGCUUCAUUGCCUUCAUCAACAACAAUGACCUUUGGGUGGCCAACAUUGAGACAGGGGAGGAGAAGAGGCUGACUUUCUGUCAUCAAGGGUUAAACAAUGUAAAGAAUGACCCGAAGUCUGCAGGUGUUGCAACGUUUGUGAUCCAGGAGGAGUUUGACCGGUUUACUGGCUACUGGUGGUCUCCUGCAGCCCCCGAAGACUCGGAUGGGGGGAGGACACUGCAGCUGUUAUAUGAGGAGGUAGACGAGUCAGAGGUGGAGAUCAUUCAUGUGCCCUCUCCAGCUCUGGAAGAGCGCAAGGCUGACGCCUACCGAUAUCCCCGCACCGGAAGUAAAAACCCUCAAAUCACCCUUAAACUAGCAGAGAUAAAACAGACCAUCUUGGGCAGGAUUGUGAGUACACAGGACAAAGAGCUUGUUCUGCCCUUCACCACAUUAUUUCCUGGGGUGGAGUACAUUGCCAGGGCUGGCUGGACGAGAGAUGGAAAAUAUGCCUGGGCGGUGCUGCUGGACCGCAGUCAGCAGAGGCUGCAGUUGGUGCUACUUCCCCCAGCGCUCUUCAUCCCUGUGGUGGAUGACCCUGCCCGGAGGCAGGAGAACAUGGAAGCGGUGCCCGAGAGUGUCCACCCCUUCAUCAUCUAUGAGGAGGUCACUAACAUCUGGAUCAAUGUUCAUGACAUUUUCUACCCAUUUAUCCAAACAAAGGAUGAUGAGAUUACCUUUCUCUGGGUGAAUGAAUCCAAAACAGGCUUCUGCCAUCUAUACAGAAUCACAUCAUUCUUACAGCUGGGCUGCUACCAGUGGUCCAGGGACUACAGGCACACCAAGGGAGAUUUCAGGUGUCCCAUAAAAGAAGAGGUGCCUCUAACCAGUGGGGAGUGGGAGGUGCUGGCUAGGCAUGGCUCCAAGAUAUGGGUGAACGAAGCUACCAAGCUGGUGUACUUCCAGGGCACAAAAGACACCCCACUGGAGCACCACCUGUAUGUGGUCAGCUACAGCGCUCCAGGCGACAUUGUCAGGCUCACCAAGUCUGGCUUCUCUCACAGCUGCUCUGUCAGUCCGAAUUUUGAUAUGUUCAUUAGCCACUAUAGCAGUGUGAGCACUCCUCCAUGUGUCCAUGUCUACAAACUGCUGGGCUCUGACAGCGACCCGCUGCACAAGCAGCCAGAAUUCUGGGCUAGCAUGAUGGAGGCCUCAGGUUGUCCUUCAGAUUACAUCCCACCAGAGAUAUUUGAUUUCCCGGGGAAGUCAGGUUUCCAGCUCUAUGGGAUGGUAUACAAACCACACAACUUGAUACCUGAUAGGAAACAUCCAACAAUUCUCUUUGUGUAUGGGGGACCUCAGGUGCAACUGGUGAACAACUCCUUCAAAGGAGUAAAAUACCUGCGUCUCAAUACACUGGCGUCUUUGGGCUAUGCUGUAGUGGUCAUUGAUGGCAGGGGUUCAUGUCAGAGAGGCCUGAAGUUUGAAGGAGCUCUGAAAAACAAAAUGGGUCAAGUGGAGAUCGAGGACCAGGUAGAGGGCCUCCAGUAUGUGGCAGAAAAGUACAAUUUUGUGGAUCUCAGUCGCGUGGCCAUCCAUGGCUGGUCCUACGGCGGCUUCCUUUCCCUAAUGGGCCUCAUUCACAGGCCCAACAUCUUCAAGGUGGCGAUUGCUGGUGCCCCAGUGACGGUGUGGAUGGCCUACGACACUGGCUACACUGAGCGCUACAUGGACGUGCCUGAGAAUAAUCAGCAGGGCUACGAGGCAGGCUCAGUGGCUCUGCACGUGGACAAGCUGCCCAACGAGCCCAAUCGUUUGCUCAUUUUACAUGGAUUUCUUGAUGAAAAUGUGCACUUUUUCCACACCAAUUUCCUGGUGUCACAACUAAUUCGUGCCGGGAAGCCGUACCAACUACAGAUCUACCCUAAUGAGCGACAUAGCAUCCGCUGCCCAGAGUCAGGGGAGCAUUAUGAGAUUAUGCUGUUGUACUUUCUACAGCAGCACCUCUGAUCAGGGCAGGCUCUUCUGAGACAGUGUCUCUUUUCUUGCCGUCUUUCAUCGUCAUUGCACCUCCUGUACCUCCUCUGGACACCUUAUGGCCCAGGGCUCCCAGAUGGCACCCACAGAUCCCAUGUGUCCUCGUUCCCACCUCCUGCCCGCUCGCACUUUCUGUGGAAGGAGACCUUUUUUAAAAUCCAUUUUUAAAUCCAGCCAAGGGCCUCCAAGCGCAGUUCACACAAACUGGAGAAUGAAGAAUUUGAAAGUUAUAAGGACAAACACAUAGCUCGUUCUGAAACAAUAACUUUCUAGUAAUUUAUAAAUUUAGUAUUGUGCCACAAAUGAUGUUAUUUGUUUUGGAAACCAGAUUAUUUUUCAUUUUUCCUCUGCCUUCACCCUUUUGUUUUCUUCUUGUCUUUUUUUCUCACCAGUGGCCUAAUGGGGCACAUAGCAAGCUUCUGUGAUAUGAAGACACACGCACACACAACUUUACCCCUUUUUUGUCUCAUAUGCUUCAGACUUUUUUUCUGUGUUCUUCUGUUUUCCCCAAUAUGUUUGUUUUAGCCAUACAGUUAUGCCUCAAGAAUAACGUGGUGUCACUCUGUGAGCCAGACUUAACUUUGGUUUUGGGGAGGGUAGUAUAAAAAGAUUUUAGUGUAUGAAACCGCCAACUACUACCUGCAACCAGUAUUUUAAGUGUGUAUUAUUAAAAGAAAAUAUUUUUAUGAAUUCUUAUUCUUUUAUAAUGAGUAGACAAUGUAGCAACUCAUUAAAAUACUGCAGUCACUCUCACUUUCUUCUUCUAGUGAUCUAAUGCUCUUACUGCAUUAUGACUUGCCCACUUCAGAUGCAUUUGUGUUCCAGAACUCUUAAUCUUGUUUCUGAGGCUGCUGAGCAUGUCUUAUAAUAUAAUUUGUCCCCGUUAAUUAACAGCUGCAGAUUCUUAUAAAGGUCAGUGAUACUGUCCAUCGUUCUUUUAACAUAGCUGGUCAAAAGUUCAGCUUUUCAUGUCAUGUCUGAGAUCGCUGGUCAAAAGGAAAGAGUAACUGAAGAUUUCCAUAGCAAAAUGUAGAAACCAAACACAGAUGUAUUCAUCUGAAGUUGGCAAGCCUUUCAAAGAGUCUUCUGACAUACAUUAAUGAAAAAAUAAGAUUCAACAUUUUCCCCAAACUGUUUACCUAGGAGACUUUGCAUGGAUCUCACAGUGCCUUUUUACUGGUGGACACAAGGGAUAGAUGCUUUCUACUGAACGCUCUCCUGCAGCUCAACGCAAAAAUUCAAAGGUUUGGUUAUCGGAGCGUUAUUUCGUGGGCUGGUGUGGACGACCUGGAUAGGCACAUUUUUAUUCAGUUUUUCUCUCAGGAAAAUUUUCUUUUCUGUACGUUAUUGUGUUGUAAUGUGUGGGCACGUUCGUACACAUUUGUUGUUCAUGGCGAGCGUGCAUAAACGUCAGUGUGAUGUUGCUGCUGAUUGAAAAUGGAUCCUUGGAAAUUAAGAUCAGGGUUGGUUUAUGAAAAUGUAAAAAAAAAAAAAAAAAAUAAAAUAAACUGCUAAGUAUGACAAUUUCAUUCAGAUCAAGUAAAAAAAUAUUUCUCCCAUAAAAGUAUAAAAAGAAUUUUUUCUGGGUCACCUCCAUCAUUACAUCAUACCGUCCUCAGUAAAUGUUAGAUGAACCACAUACGUUCUGUGGACUGUAAAUUGGUCUUUUCAGUGGUAAUAGAUAGCCCAGUAGUUAAAUGCAUUCCUUUAAAAGUAGUUACAUUUAAUUUAGAAAUACUUUUCAAUCUCAUCAGAGCCAGCUGGCAUCCAGAGUGUGGACCCGUAUUCUCUUGGUAAUUUACAUCGGGGAGCUUGAAAGAAUGGGGAGUUGUGUCCUCUUCACUUUUCAUAUAUACAAUCCCAUCUUGUCUGAAAUUUAGCUGUGACAUUUCCACUGUGACUUGGUCAUUUCUCACUGUACCUUAAACCUAGUUUGAGUUCUCCUGAGAAGGACCAUAAUUGCAUUACAGUAAGGUCUUUCCAUGUUUUCUCAAAUGAAAUGAUUCACUUAAUUGAAACCUUACACAUGUUUUAUGUUUGUGUCCAAAGCAUGCCCUUGUGUAGCACAUUCACACUA